UCUAAAGAAGAAAACAGAGAGAGAGAAAGAGAGAGGCCUCCAAAACCUCUGCUAAAACCUCCUCCAAAUCCUCUGCUAAAACUUCCUCACCCCCAAAAAAAUCAGCAAAAACCUUCCUCCCCCAAAACCCAACUCCAAAAAUGGCAGCCGAAAUGGCCCUCCUGAAACCCAUCUCUUUCAAGCCUGAAACUUCCCCUCUCAAAACCUCUGCUAAAUUUAGCAGAACCACCUACAGAUUCAGCCCCAAAAUGGCCGCCACCCAAGCCAAGGAAACCACUAAGAAAUCGGGGAAAGCCGCCAUCAAAGAGACUCUGCUCGCCCCAAGGUUUUACACCACCGAUUUCGACGAAAUGGAGACCCUUUUCAACACUGAAAUCAACAAGAACCUCAACCAAUCUGAGUUCGAAGCUCUCUUGCAAGAAUUCAAGACUGAUUAUAACCAGACCCACUUCGUUCGGAACAAGGAAUUCAAGGAAGCGGCUGAUAAAAUUCAGGGGCCGCUUCGCCAAAUCUUUGUCGAGUUUCUGGAGAGGUCCUGUACUGCUGAGUUCUCAGGAUUUCUUCUUUACAAGGAGCUUGGUCGUCGCCUUAAGAAAACCAACCCUGUGGUGGCUGAGAUUUUCUCUCUGAUGUCAAGGGACGAAGCAAGGCAUGCAGGGUUCUUGAACAAGGGGUUAUCUGAUUUUAAUCUGGCGUUGGACCUCGGAUUCCUCACGAAAGCGAGAAAAUACACAUUUUUCAAGCCAAAAUUCAUAUUUUACGCGACUUAUUUAUCAGAGAAAAUCGGGUAUUGGAGAUACAUUACAAUUUACAGGCACCUCAAGGAAAACCCAGAGUACCAAGUUUACCCAAUUUUCAAGUACUUUGAGAAUUGGUGCCAAGAUGAGAAUAGGCAUGGGGACUUCUUCUCUGCUCUAAUGAAGGCUCAGCCUCAGUUCUUGAAUGACUGGAAGGCCAAGCUCUGGUCUCGCUUCUUCUGCUUGUCUGUGUAUGUGACAAUGUACCUGAAUGACUGCCAGAGAACUGCCUUCUAUGAAGGCAUUGGCCUUAACACCAAGGAGUUUGAUAUGCAUGUUAUCAUCGAGACAAACCGCACAACUGCUAGGAUUUUCCCAGCUGUGCUCGAUGUUGAGAACCCAGAGUUCAAGAGGAAGCUCGACAGAAUGGUGGAAAUCAAUCAAAAGCUUCUUGCAGUGGGUGAGAGUGAUGCUCCUGCCCUGGUCAAGAACAUACAGAGGGUCCCUCUCAUUGCAGCUCUGGCUUCUGAGCUUUUAGCUGCUUACUUGAUGCCCCCAAUUGAGUCCGGGUCUGUUGAUUUUGCAGAGUUUGAGCCUCAGCUCGUGUAUUAAUUUCACGGUUUUGGUAUUAUUUGAGCCAGAUUAACUCGUAUAUAAGAGUCAGUGUCUGUAUGUAUCAUUUCAGCUAUGAAGUUUUCUUUUGUAUCAAGUGUUUUGUGUUUCUUCCUGUUUUUGGUGGGGUUGUAAAUCUGUUCGCAGCUUAAGAGUUUUUCUGAUGACAUAGAGAGAGAAACGGGGAUGUCGCAUGGUUCUCUCUUUGUUGA